ACGACAAAUGGCGUCUGUGGAAAAGUUGUGUGUUGGAGCGUCCAGUGAAUUUUGCGUGUAGUUAUAAGAACGUCAAAUGAAAGUCUUGAUUAAAGCCCAAAUAGCUUCAUGAAGUUUCCAUUAUACAUUUAGGAUAUAUAUACACACUCGAGGGUGCAGUCCUUGAGUGGUGGAGGUGAAAACCUGAAACGCAACACAGCAUCAGGAUGUCAAAAAGUGGCUCAAAGGAUGGAAAGGAAGGGAAGGUCAGCAGCCAUCUGACAGUGGAGUCGAUGAAAACCAUUGCCGAGUCAGUCGGUGUUUCGGGACUUGCUGAUGAGGCAGCAUCUCAACUGGCAGAGGAUUGUACAUACAGGAUGAAGCAAAUUAUACAAGAAGCUGUAAAGUUUAUGCAUCAUGGUAAAAGACGGAGACUGUCCACAUGGGACUUUGACCAGGCCCUGCAGGUCAAGAACAUUGAGCCCCUGUAUGGCUUCCAUUGUCCAGAUCUGAUCCCGUUCAGAUUUGCCAGUGGUGGUGGCCGAGAGCUUCAUUUCAAUGAGGAGAAGGAGCUGGACCUGCAAGAGGUCAUUAAUGGUCAGCUGCCCAAAAUACCUCUAGAAGUCACUCUAAAAGCACAUUGGUUGAGUAUUGAUGGAGUCCAGCCGUCCAUCCCAGAGAACCCUCCUCCAGCCACGAAGGAGCAGCUAAAGAUUGAAAGUCUGGACACAAACAUCAAGACAGCCAUUGACAAGGUCCUCAAGCCCAAGACACAGUCUGAAGGAGGCAAAGCCAAGCAUAAGAUGAAGAGUGGAGCUGAGAUAGUGAAACUGAAGAAUCUAUCCAUGCAUGAGCUUUCAGUGGAGCAGCAGUUGUAUUACAAGGAAAUCACAGAGGCCUGUGUGGGACCUGACGAAGGAAGAAGAUCGGAAGCCCUGCAGAGUCUUGCCACAGAUCCAGGCCUACAUCAGAUGCUUCCUCGGUUCAGUACAUUCAUAUCAGAGGGGGUUAAAAUCAACGUCGUUCAGAACAACCUCGCCCUGCUCAUCUACCUGAUGAGGAUGGUCAAGUCUCUCAUGGACAACCAGACUCUCUACUUGGAGAAAUAUCUCCAUGAGGUAAUUCCCGCAGUAGCAACUUGUAUUGUGAGCCGACAGCUGUGUCUUCGUCCGGAUGUGGACAAUCAUUGGGCUCUCCGAGACUUUGCGUCCAGACUCAUGGCACAAAUCAGCAAAAAUUUCAGCAGUAACACCAACAACAUCCAAGCUCGUAUCACCAAGACCUUCAGCAAGGCGCUGUUAGGAGACAAGUCUGCACUGGCCACACAGUAUGGGGCCCUGUCAGGGUUGGGUGAGCUGGGACCAGAGGUGACGAAGACGUUCCUGCUGCCACACAUCAAGGGGCUUGGAGACAGGAUGAGGAUGGCACUGGAGGGUCCCAUACUCAAUAAUGCUGACAAGAUUGCUGCUGAACAUAUCAAGAAACAGUUAACUAAAUAUGUUCCACCAGUAUUGAAGAACCUGAAGUCUCCGAGUGAGACGCUUGAGGACUACAACAAUGAGUUUGGGUAUGUGGGCGCACUGCUGUACAACGCUACCCUGAAGGAGAGACAGACCCCCACUGUCAGCACUUGCGCUGUCACCCCAGCCAAACCAACUGUUCAGCUGCAGCAGUCUCGGCCUCAGAUAUUGAUCCAAUCAUCCGGAUCUACACCCCAACCAGGCACCCCGACCACACCCAGGUUCCCCACUCCGACAGGGGCAAUGCCCAGAACACCUGCCACCCCUACUCUGGGGGGAUCCCAGAAGUAUGUCAUUGUGUCAUCUCAGCCUCGCUCCACCACCCCUUCAUCACAGAACAUCACCAUCAACAGUGGCAGUGCUGGGUCAGCCCCUACAAUAGUCAAACUUGUUACCACAGCUCAAGGAGCUAACACAAACACUGUGCCUAGAACUACUCCACAGAAAAUAGUGGUCAUGUCCUUGCCCUCUGGCGGGUCAGGGUCACAGCAAGGUCAGGUGUUGACCCCAGGUGCUUCAGAUGACCUUGGAGUCAAAAGUGUCUUUGGAGGUCAAGGCUCAAACUUUUCAUUUGCUGUUAAGAAGGACCCUGAACAGAGAGAUACAUAAAUGGUUUAAGAUGUCAAAGAAAUUGCUAAGGACCAAAUUGAUCCAAGUGGAUGAAAUGUGUGGGUGUAACAUUCUGAGCAGGAUUAUUACCAUGGAUAGUGUAUAUGACACUCACACAGUGGAGACUUGACUGUCGAUUCUGAAAACAUAAAUGGAUCAUCUCUGCUUCUCACAUCACAGCCAUUCCAACAUUGUCAUAAAGGAAUAGUGUGUUGUUCUCUUUGGAUCGAUGAAGACAUACAGCAUUGCAGAAAGCUGAUGAAACAUUCAACUUUGCAGAAAGCUGAUGAAACAUGCAUUGCAGAAAGCUGAUGAAACAUUCAGCAUUGCAGAAAGCUGAUGAAACAUUCAGCAUUGCAGAAAGCUGAUGAAACAAUCAUAUAGUAUUGUAAUAAUCUGUAUCAACUUGGAGGGAUAGAUAUUGGCAGCUAAACAGUGCUGAAUGUCUCAUGAAACUAGCCGUGAGUUGUGAUCCUUUUCUGGCAAGAUCAAAGCAUUAUUUCCUGCAUAUGCACUGAUUAUCAAACACUGACUAAGAUCCAGGCUAUGCUUCUGGCUUUCACCAAACUCAUGAUCUGUGAUCAUCAGUUGACAAGAAUCAUAUAUUUUUUUAGGAAAUUUUUGUAAAUUUCAUCCAUACUGACAUUCCCUACAAGGUGACCCACAUUGAUGUUUAAUCAGCUUACAUAUGGAUAUGUAUAUGUAUUUGAAACAGAAUUACUGUAGAUCACAAAUUAAUGCAUCAUUAUCUUCUCUUUUGUAAAUAAAACAACAUGCUGGUCA